AAAGGGGUAAUAUCAGUUUAUCAUUUGGAAAAGUUUUGAGCUUGAUUUUUAGUCCAGUAAAAAUAAUUCCAAAUGAAUACUCGGUACUUCUUUCCACCGGACUCCUUGUGCAACUCAGGAAGUGCGGCUUCAUUUUCAUCAAAUCCUUCAGCAGGACGAGAUCGUGUGUCCGUGGGCACUCGACACAGGCCUGUUCGUGCCCUACCUUCUUCGUUUUUGGGAAGGAUAGCGAUGAGGAUCUCUAGAGCAAGGUGGUUCUCCUUCUUAAGAAGAGUAUUCCACUACCAGAAUGGAUCAAGAUCUGAUCUUGGUUCUAAUCCUUUCAAUUCUGGCACUUGGAUGUUGAUGGAGUUUAUAGCUUUGGUUGUUCAAAUAAGCACCACAACAUUUACUCUAGUCAUUUCCAAGAGGGAGAUGCCUGUUUGGCCUAUGAGAAUAUGGAUUGUUGGCUAUGAUAUUGGCUGUAUGCUUAGUCUGCUGCUGCUCUACGGGCACUACCGGCAUCUUCAUCUGACUCAUGAAGAUGGUUUCAGCCUUUCUGAAAUGGAACAGCAGGGGGGCAGCGAAGAAUCCAGGAUCUCACAUUUAAUGAACAAAUGCCGGACUUCACUUGAGCUGUUCUUUGCAAUAUUGUUUGUGAUGGGUAAUGUUUGGGUUUUUGACUCUCGCGUUGGCUCCUUCCAUCGAGCCCCAAAGCUCCAAGCGCUCUGUAUCUCCCUGCUGGCUUGGAAUGCUAUCUGCUACUCUUUUCCAUUCCUACUAUUUUUGCUGCUAUGCUGUUGUGUACCACUCAUUAGCAGCCUCGUCGGAUACAAUAUGAAUGCCGGGUCAACUGAUAGAGGAGCAUCUGACGAUCAACUUUCCCAGCUUCCCAGUUGGAGAUACAAAGAAGUUGACACCAAGUUUGAUCUUGGCAAUGAUGCCGACAGCAAUCCGGAUCAUGCAAAUGAAGAUCCAGAAUGCUGUAUUUGCCUGGCUAAGUAUAAGGACAAGGAAGAAUUGAGGCAGUUACCAUGUUCCCACAUGUUUCACCUCAAGUGUGUAGAUCAAUGGCUUCAAAUUAUAUCUUGCUGUCCUCUUUGUAAACAAGAGCUUGAGAGGUAGAAAGCAACAUAAUCACUGAGUUGCUGAAGGUUUUUAUUGGCCUUUCAUUUUUCCUUUUUUACUAUUUUUUUUUUUCAAAAUUUUCUCACUAUUGUGUGAAAUAUAUGUACUAACAUGGUUACUUGAGUGAGAAUUGCUUGUACAGUGGAGGUCACCAGUAACCAUAAUAUAUAUAUAUAUAGAUAUAUAAAUGUACUGUCUUUGGGUAUACAUAUUUGCAGAUAAUGAUGCUGGAUUACUCGCUUCCUAAAGGUAGCAGAGUCUAUUACUCCACCAGGAUAUACAACCAGUUACAUGUGAUUUUUGUUGUCAUCGUCAUUAUGUAGAAGAAGAGUACUAAAUAAUGAAUCAACAAUCCUUGUUGUGUAUAUAAUUUGUUUGCUC